AUGCCUACCUGUAAAGUCAUCAAAGUUCUUUUUGUCAAAUUACGAGAGCUUGUUUAUAAUUACAGAUUCUCUCAAAGUACCUUGCAGGUGAUUCUGGAGGUCUCUUGCGCUGUAUCCACCUGCCUCGAGAGGCUUGUCCGUCCAAGUCGCACGAAAUCGAUUUCUACGGAGCCGCGUGUGGAGAUAGCAGUCAUCGUCAUGACGGACGAUCAUCACACCUACGGCGCCAAGUGCCGCUUGGCACCUGUUUCUCUAAUUGAGCGCGAAGACGAGGUCCCUCCAGUCCAGGCUCAGUUCUUCUACUCGUCUGUCAUCCCUAUUGAUGAUCCUCUCUCGACAUCCUCAACCGUCGGUGCCGAUAACAGGACAAGCAAGGGUCAAGUGCGUCCCUUUGCUCGAGGUGAUAACAAUGCGUUGGAGAAAGCCUGGUUGGGUCUCAUGUCCGAGUCUGCUCGUCACGCGCAUCAGGAUGCAUUAGAGAGCCAUGGUCGUGCUGCUGAAUUCGACUCGGAUAGACUGGCCUCGAUCAUACAAGCUGUUACCACAAAACACUGGGACAGGCACCGUAAAGGCUAUCAGCCACAAGAUGUAGCAGCACCAGCUGGCGAUGUUUUGCCCUCAACACCCGUGUCCGCUUGUUGUUCCGAGCUGGUUCUUGACGUCUCUGAGGAAUUAGAGCAAGGUUUUUGUGCACUCGUGAGGAGGCGCAACGCAUCUUUGAACAUUGAUGAAGUCAUGCAGCAAAUCGUUCUUGCUCUCGACAGACUGAAGAAACAAGCAAACGACGAAAUAGAUACUCAGCCAUUGCCGGGAAGCCCACCCUUCAGUCGUCCCGGGACGGCUUCUACCACUAAUACGAACCAUCCAUUAGCUCGCAUGCCAAAGACGACAACGGAUUCGAACAGUACUAAACGUCGAUCAACUGUCAGUGAAGCGCGAACCAGAACAAACAGUUUAUCCAUGCCCCAACCUGCUAGCCAGCCUCUUCGAUCGCCAACACCUUUCGGAAGUCUGGGGGGACUUGCGAGGCCGCCAGUUCUUGAUGAUGGAAUCUCUGGCAGACCAUUUGUACGUGUGGGAAGUCCGGAGACACAAUCAGAACCUGGAUCCCUUCCUUUGCCUGGCAUUGGCGGUCCGGCUCGUGAUGUCGCUCGAACGCAAGACCACUCUCAGGCAAUUGCUGGUCAACAAACCACGACACAAACCACCGAUACAAAGGUUACCAAGGCUGAGUCGUAUCUCGAGCAACAUGGUUUUAUCGGUAACUUUGGUAUUUCUCAUCAGGUGAAAAAUUACUUACAUAGACACAGAGAUACGAUGCUCCCCAUACCACCUGCUGUCGCGAAUCAGCUUGAGGCUGGCUAUCACGAUCUACGGCCAUGGACCGAGACCUGGAAUGAUGAACUUCGAUGUGCCAUUGAUGUUGGACCGCCAGGCGAGGAGAAGGUCUCACAUAUGCUGUGGCCUAAGGAAUUGGAGGUCGGCUCUGGCGACGAUUUCCCAGAGCCAGCAAUUCCAACCGAUCCGUUUUGCGCAGCCCGUUGCUUUCGUGGUGAAGCAGCUGCUGAAGGGACCAUUGAAACGGCCCCAGUCCCAACAGUCGCCCCGGAAGAUCAACCUCAUCAAACACGAUCGUUUUCAAACUAUCACGUAUUAUACAAGAACGCCAAAGAAGCGUUCCUUCUGAAGCCAAGCCUGAAGCCUUCGGCAUAUUACGGCCGAAGGCCCGUCAUGAAAAUCAUGAGGGGUGUCACAGUUGGAAUUCCUGUCAUCCGUGGGUUUGAUCGGGCAACAUGGGAGCGUUUUCACCAUAAGAAACAGACACCUAAUAAAGCAGGAGCAUCUGCUGCUGAAGAGUCGCAUGAGAGCAGUGGACAGGAUGUGUGCACAGCGUGCAAAGCGGACAAAGAAAAACAUCAGGUUACGGACUUGGUCUUGGUCGCUCACGGCAUCGGCCAAAAGUUUGCUGAGAGAGUGGAGAGCUUUCACUUCACCCAUGCCAUUAAUGGUUUCCGCCGAGCCGUCAAUAUGGAGCUUCAAAGCCCCUUGGUGAAGCAGGUUCUGCGCGAAGAUCAAAAUGGGCUAAUGAUUCUGCCCCUGAAUUGGAGAAUGGGCCUUUCCUUCGAAGAUGGAGGGCCAAUGAGGGAGGAAGACAAAGACGAAUACACGCCAGAAGGCUUUGGACUCAAGGAUAUCGAACCUGAUACGAUUCCCGCUGUUCGCAGCAUGAUAUCGGAUAUCAUGUUCGAUAUUCCGUUUUACAUGUCCCAUCACAAAGGGAAAAUGAUCAAGGCACUUGUAUCAGAAGCAAAUCGUGUAUAUCGACUCUGGUGUCGGAAUAAUCCAGGGUUUGCCGAAAACGGGCGUGUUCACAUGAUCGGACAUUCACUCGGCAGCGCUAUGGCUCUCGAGGUUCUCUCCAAUCAACCAACCGAAGCACCCAAACUGGACUUGACACGAAAGGAACCAGAAACAAAGUUUUUCGAGUUUGACACGACGAAUCUGUUCCUAGCAGGCAGUCCCGCCGGUUUCUUCCUCCUCCUCGAGCGCGGAGUGCUUAUGCCUCGCUAUGGCCGCAUGAAGCCUGGAGCUGACUCGAGCGACAUUGUAUCGAGAGACGUGGUGGCAGAGGCUGGCACUUUCGGUUGUUUGGCUGUCGACAAUAUCUACAAUAUCCUUGCUAAGGAGGACCCUAUCGCAUAUCUGCUUAACGGUGCCGUCGAUCCCGUUUACGCGGCCAGUCUAAAAAGAGCAUACGUCCCAACUAUUUCUGGCUCUCUUUGGAAAUCCGUCGGUGCAGCGAUGCGUGGAGUAGUGCCCGGUAUGGCACCGGCACCUAACAUGCUUGUACCUGAACCGGAGCGUCCAACAACGAUACGGCUUCCUUCUCAGUUGGAGCUCGAGGUGCAUGACUUUGGUCGCGAAGAAAUCGCUGAGAGAAAGGCGUUUUUACUAAACGACAACGGACAGAUCGAUUGGUACCUUCGCUCGGGAGGAGGGCCGUUAGAGAUCCAGUACCUUAACAUGCUCAGUGCGCAUUCCAGUUACUGGACUAACCAUGAUUUCAUCCGAAUGCUUUGUAUUGAGAUUGGAAGGAAGCCUGGCCGAGCUCACUCGAUUCCCGCGUUACGGGCAGUGAAGGCAGCAAAGCGACUCUUGGUAGACUGA